GAUGCAGCAGACACCAACAAAAAGGAGCCAAGUGCGCGAAGAUCACGGCGAUAAGGACGUGACGUAUAGAUUCAAGGUGCUGUUACCAAAUGGCAUGAGUGUUGGGUUGCAAUUGCAAAACCCUGAGCACAAAAUGCCACUUGGAGAUUUCAUUCAGAUGCUGAAACGGGAGCAUCACCUGGCCUUGAGAGAAUCUAGCUCGAGGAAGCGGAAGCGGGAGAUUGAUUGGAACGCUGGCGGUUUAUUUCUUGAAGAUGCCAAUGACCGGGAGAUAAAGGAUGUGGUGAAUUUCAAGAACUUCAAGGCACAUGAGUGCCACAUUCUGAAGCUUCAUGAUGGUAAUGUGCCUGAGAGAGUUAUUACUUUUGAGAAUAUGUGGGAUUUGACACCUGUUACUGACCUACUAAGGGAAUUACCGCAAGAGUACACGGCUGAGACUGCUCUGGCGGAUCUGAUUGAUAAUUCCCUUCAAGCUGUUUGGGCAAAUGACAGGAGACAUAAGAAGCUUAUAAGUGUGGAUGUGGCCGAUAAUGUGAUGUCAAUUUUUGACACUGGCCCUGGGAUGGAUGGAAGCGAUGAAAAUUCUAUAGUGAAGUGGGGAAAGAUGGGUGCUUCACUUCAUAGAUCUUUUAAGGACCAGGCGAUAGGGGGCACACCUCCCUACUUAACGCCUUUUUUUGGAAUGUUUGGAUAUGGUGGACCUAUAGCAUCUAUGCAAUUAGGGAGGCAUGCAUUAAUUUCUUCCAAGACAAAGGAUUCCAGGAAAGUUUAUACAUUACAUCUUGAUAGAGAGGCUUUACUGAGCAGGUCAAACUCUAAUUCUAAUUGGAAGACUGCUGGUGGCAUGAGGGAUCCUUUAGAAGAAGAAAUGAUCAGAACACCACACGGUAGCUUUACAAAGGUUGAAAUUUAUAAACCAAAAUCGAAAUUGGACAUAGAUCAACUCCGAUGCAAGCUGAAGGACAUAUACUUCCCGUAUAUUCAGUGUGAUGAAGAAUCCAAAGCAGGGAAGAUUUGGAAGACCGUAACACCAGUAAACUUUGAGGUUAAUGGUGUUGAUUUAGCUGAGAUUGCAGGUGGGGAGAUUGCAACAACUAACUUGCAUUCAUCCAAUGGUCCUGAUUUUGUUUUACAGCUUCAUUUCUUCUGUAAGAAAAACAGUAUGUCUCAAUCUCCAGAUUCAAAGACAGAUAUUAAAGCUAAUGCUCGCCUCAAGUGUGUCUAUUUUCCUAUUGUUAAGGGAAAAGAGAAUAUUGAGAGAAUUUUGGAGAGUUUAGAAUCUGAGGGAUGCAGCACCUCAGAAAAAUUUGAAACCUAUAGUCGUGUCUCUAUUCGGAGGCUUGGUCGCCUACUUCCAGAUGCUCGUUGGGCUUUGCUUCCUUUCAUGGAAUUCAAGCAAAAAAAAGGAGACAGGGCACACUUGUUGAAAAGAUGUUGCUUGAGAGUUAAAUGCUUUAUCGAGACUGAUGCUGGUUUCAAUCCAACACCAUCUAAGAAUGAUCUUGCACACCAUGGUCCUUUUACCGCUGCACUGAGGAACUUCGGUAAUCAGCCUCUGGAGAAUGAAAAUGAUAUCAAAAUUGAAAUUUCUAGAGAUGGAAAGCAUUUAAAUCUUGCUCAACUAAAGAGGGAGUAUGAGAAUUGGAUUCUUCAAAUGCACGAGCAGUAUGAUGAUGAAGCUGACUGUGGUGAAGAUCAACCAGUGGUUGUUGUCAGUCCUAUAAACAAAAAGGCACUUCACAUGUCAUCUGAAGUUGCAAGGGUGCAUAAAUCUCUAAAGAGAAGAGGAAUAGCCUGGAAACGUGGCCAGAAAAUCAAACUUCUUAAGGGAGCAUGUGCUGGGGUCCAUAAGAACAAUGUCUAUGCUACGAUUGAAUAUUUUUUGCUUGAAGGUCUUGAAGGUGACUCUGGUGGUCAGGCUCAAAUGUUCUGCAGGCCUUUAAGUAAUCCAGAAGCGAAGGGAUGCAUCCUUUCCAUAAGUGAUGGGGAUACCAGUUUAGAUGUUGGUGGCUCCUUGCCUGUACCUGUCAGUGUCAUUGAUACUGGAAUGUGUGUAGCUGUUCGAAGUACCGAGUGGGAUAACCAACUUGAGAAACAACGUCAGAAAUCUCCUUCUACAAUUGAUGUGCUGGAUGCAGAACAAUGCCAAGAGUUGGACAUUGAUGGGGCACUGCCUGUAGAUGCCCAAACUGGAAAAGAUCCUCCAGAAGCAAUUGUGGCUAUUGUUCGUCCUGCCAGUUAUGACUCUUCUUGUAUUUCCAAGACCCUGGACCAAAAGCAUAUUGCCAGAACUAAUUUACAAAUGUCCAUGAAGGUUAAGUUCAGCAGUGAUGCUGAGGGCCUUCAAAGGGUUCAUGACAUUUCAGUGUCCGUAGCACCCAAGUCGCUAAAAGGAUUUCAAGGGUUAUACAUCUUUCCACUUAAAUCAAAGUACCCAGAUUUAUUUCAAAAUGCUGGUAUCUAUACAUUUUCAUUCCAUCUUGAUGAGUCAGAAUGUAAGGCUAUUGAGAAAAAAGUGCUUAUCAAGGAAGCUCGAAAAGUGGAGUAUAAACAAAUUCACUCGACUUUCCCAAAGGAAAAGGUUUUGUGGCCCCAAGAUUCAUCUGACUCUUCCAAAGUAGUAUACUUACAGGAUGAGUCAAAUGGCAAGAGUGUUGAUAAAAAAGUACUUAUCAAGGAAGCUCGAAAAGUGAAGUAUAAGCAAAUUCAAUCGACUCCCCCAGAGGAAAAUGUUUUGAGAUCCCAAGAUUCAUCUCACCCUCCCAAGGUAGAAAAGUUAAAGGUUCUUGUAAAAAGAGCAAAAGUGGAGUACAAUGAGAGUCAGGUUCCGUUGUCACCUGGCAAGGUUUCAGAAAUGCAAGUUCCAAAAGUGGAGUGCGAAGAACUAUCCGUUUCAGAAAUGCAAGUUCCAAAAGUGGAGUGCCAAGAACUAUCCCCAUUUCCUUUGCUUCUCCAAGAUCCCUCUUCCCUUCAGCAAGUGGGAAACCUGCAGAGAAAGGAGAAUGACAUUAAACGAAUUGGAUUGCGCAUUGGAGAUCUGGAAAAGCAAUUGGUUGAGCUUAAUGAGGACAAGGAAAUUCUUGAGCUAGAAAUAUCUCAUUUGCAAGCUUGUUAUCAACUGAGCAGUUCGGAUUACUCAUCAAAGAAAGAAGAGCUGAGAAACCACAUAGAGAGAAUGAGCCACACGGCAGCUUCUACUGUCUCCACCCUUUCAAGAGUUCCACUCCAAGAGCCAGACAACGAUUUCAUGGGAGGCAUGAUUGGUUUAGUUGCUCUGCUGGGCAGAGUUCGGAACAUUAAGCUCAGCAGGAUAUUAUCUGAGUACUUGGGUGAAGAUCAGAUGCUUGCUGUUGUCUGUAAAUCAUUCACAGCUGCUUGUGCUCUCGAGAAGUAUCACCGCAGCGGGGAAGUUGAUUCUAGGCAUGCUCUUUAUGCAGAAGCUGCUAAACUUGAGAGAUCCAUAGAAAGCCGGUUUCUUGUUAUAUGCCUCGAAGAUCUACGGCCUUACACAGGUGACUUUGAUGGUACUGACCCUCAAAGGAAGCUCUUCUUGCCAGAUCCUGCAUUGCCAAGUGGAGAUACCCCGUCUGGUUUCUUGGGGUAUGCAGUUAAUUUGGUUGACCUAGAUGACGAACAUUUACACACCAUGACAACUGAAGGCCAUAAUCUGCGGCAGACGUUGUUUUAUGCUCUUUUCGGCGAGCUCCAUGUUUACAGAACUAGGAAACAAAUGUUCAAUGCUCGUGCUUGUAUCAAACAAGCUGCUGUAUCCUUGGAUGGCGGGAUUUUAAAACAAACCGGGAUAGCUUCUCUUGGAUACGGGAAUCCCAAAAUCUGUUUCCCGAUUUUGGUGAAUGUCGCGGAAGUCCUGGAGGAAAUUGCAGCAAAUGAGGAAGCAAAGAGUGAGGUCGUUGCUGCCAUGGAGGAAAUUGCUAAAGACCGCGAGAUAGUGUUGAAGAAGCUCAGGAAGAAAUUGAAGAAGCAGCAGAAGCUGAUAACAAAGACUGGGGAGGAGUUUCAAAAGAAAAUGUCCGGAUCCGUAGGAAUCACAGAUGAUUUGUGAUUAUUUUGCACAACUGACGCUGCAUCAUGUUCUUCUGAUAUAUGCAUAUAUAUAUGUCCGGAUCCGUAGCAAUUUUUUUUCACAACUUUGACACACGUUUUGUGGGGCUCACAUUUUAACGUAUAUCAACGAUUUUAGCUGUCUA